AUGAUCGUUCUUGCGGAGGGAAAUAUACAUAUUAAGUUCUUGGCCUUCCAUGUUUUUCUCCUUCUGUCCUUCAAAGCCAAAGCCAAAUGCAAAACUGGCUGCAACUUUGCCUUAGCCUCAUACCAUGUGUGGGAAGGUGCAAAUCUCACGUAUAUCAGCAACAUCUUUGGCCAGCAAGUUCCUGAAAUUCUCCAAUACAACCGUCAAGUAGUGCGAGAUUAUAACGGUACCCGAAUCAAAGUACCUUUUUCUUGUGACUGCUUAAAUGGUGAUUUUUUGGGCCAUACCUUCACCUACAUAACCCAGCAUGGUGACACCUAUAAUACCAUUGCUGAGAAUGCUUUUGCCAAUCUCACCACAGUGGAAUGGCUGAGUAGGGUGAACGUUUAUGCGCCAACUCAGAUACCAGAUGAAGUUCCAAUCAAUGUAACAGUCAACUGCUCCUGCGGCAAUCGACAUGUCUCCAAGGAUUAUGGGCUUUUUGAGACAUACCCUCUCCGUCCCGGCGAGGACUUGUCCUUCGUGGCGGUGGAGACUGGUGUCCCGGCAGGGCUGCUGGUGACGUACAACCGAGGGUCUAAUUUUAGUUCAGGGAAUGGCUUAGUCUUUGUGCCGGCAAGAGAUCAAAAUGGGAGUUUUCCACCAUUGAAGUUAAGAGCAGGUGGUAUUUCAGGUGGAGCUAUAGCUGGCAUAUGCGUUGGAGGAGUUUCUGCAGCUCUAAUUUUGGCACUUCUUCUAUAUGCUUGGCAUUAUAAAAGGAAGGUAGUUGAGGCACCGUUUCUUUCAGCAGCGUCUGAAGACCGGUAUAUUCAACAUGUACAUGUUUCCGGACAUAGUUCGGAGAAAACUUUGGAAUCGGUUGCUCUAGUUGGUGCUUCUUCUCCGGGCCUUACAGGUAUAACUGUGGAUAAAUCGGUGGAGUUCUCAUAUGAAGAGCUUGCCAAGGCUACUAGUGACUUUAACAUUGCUAAUAAGAUUGGCCAAGGUGGAUUUGGAGCUGUUUACUAUGCAGAACUUAGAGGCGAGGUGCGCUUAAUAGGAUAUUGCGUUGAGGACUCCUUAUUUCUAGUCUAUGAGUACAUUGAGAAUGGUAACUUGAGUCAACAUUUGCGUGGUUCUUCAGGUGAGAAAGAUAAUGCAUCUGCUUAUAAGCUUUUGCUCUCAGGUCUAGAUCCAUUGCCUUGGUCAACCAGGAUGCAAAUAGCCUUGGAUUCAGCUAGAGGACUUGAAUACAUCCAUGAACAUACUGUUCCAGUCUACAUUCAUCGUGACAUCAAGUCGGCAAACAUCUUAAUAGACAAAAGCUUCCGUGCAAAGGUUGCAGAUUUUGGGCUAACAAAACUGUCUGAAUAUGGAAGUGCUUCAUUGCAGACACGUCUUGUGGGUACAUUCGGAUACAUGCCUCCAGAGUAUGCUCAAUAUGGCGAUGUUUCUCCCAAGAUAGAUGUUUAUGCUUUUGGUGUUGUCCUUUUUGAACUGAUAUCUGCCAAGGAAGCUGUUGUUAGGACAAAUGAAUAUGUUGGUGAAUCAAAGGGACUAGUUGCUUUGUUUGAAAACAUUCUAAGUCAGCCAGAUCCGAAAGAAGAUCUGGGGAAAAUUGUUGACCCCAGGCUCGCUGAUGAUUGCCCACUUGACUCAGUCUGUAAGAUGGCACAACUUGCCAAGGCUUGCACACAAGAAAACCCUCAACUGAGGCCAAGCAUGAGAUCCAUUGUGGUUGCACUAAUGACACUUUCAUCUUCAAAUGAGGACUGGGAUGUUGGUUCAUUUUAUGAAAGCCAAGCUGAUCUAGUCAAUCUAAUGUCGGGGAGGUAG